CAAAAGAAAUGAUAUUUUGUACAAAUUUUUGAAUAAGACAAGUGGUCAAACUUGUUGUUAAAAAAGUCAAACGUCUUAUAAUUUGGGAUGGAUUGGGUACAUGUGAAGCAGUGUUGUAUUCAUCACUAUUCCCUUCAUUCCUUGCCAUUUGGUUGAAUUAGUCAACUGUGUAGGUUAUGUUGUACAUAUGAAAUUGCUUGGUGCCACGACUCACAUGCUAUUAUCUUCAAUGCAAUACAGCUACCAGCAUUUACAUCAGUCAACAGCUUGUGGUCAAACGAGAUAUAUGCUUCUGAAGGAUGAUGUCGGUGCCUGGUUAUGUGUGGACAAACCUAGCAGUAGUCUAUAAUCAUUCUGAAAAUCUGCAGUGCCAUAUAUCAAAACUGACAACUUAAUAGUGACAUAUACCUACCUUAGAAAACAGACUCGGCCCUUGACCUUAGCCAUCCUAUGCCACUGCAUGCUCAUACAUACUUUGCCAAAAUGAAGGAUCGAUGCUACAAUGAAGCCAAUAUUAGGAGGACAGCUCCAAACUUCGUAGCACAUUUUAAAAUUUUAUUAUAAAAUGCAAAAGUUCACUAACCAUUUCAGCGUAUUUUAAUCAUUUUAUUUCUCAAUAACUCUCUACACCGGUUUGUUGAUGAUAACAAAUGUCUGUUCAGUUAAAUGUGCUUUAACAGCAACACGAGAGAGAAAAUAUUGAGAAUUAUAAAAAUUAAGUAAAUGUGGCAAGCCAAUGAAGAAUAAUGACUGAUUCCAUGUUGGCCCUUUGACUAAACAACCAACUGUAGUUUGAUGGACAGUUGGAUGGAAAUGAAGAAGAAUCCAGAGCCCUUGGCAUCCUUCUUUCAUCUGCUGUGCUAUUAAAAUGGCACCAAGUGCCUUAGGGCUUAGGCCUCAUGCCCUCAACCCAAUGCCCUUCACUAAGAGACUAGCACAGCUGAAAUAACAUGCACGAUCAUCCUACCAUACGAAAUACAAAGGUGGAUUACCAUGUCUUCUGAUCAUUCCACCUUUCUUCCAAUCCAUACUUACACACUUUCUGAAACUACAAUCCUUUCAGCUGUUCUUCUUUGAUACCAAAAAAACAGCUGACAUUUCAUGUUUCAUAUAUUCUGUAGCCAUGUGUCAUUCAAAGCUCUUAUUGCUCCUCUUUUCCCUCCUUAUUACUAUCUGCUCCAAACUCGCUAACCCUGCCAUGACCAAAUCCUUUCUAGCUAAUGCUGAGCUUGGCACCAUAUGGAAAAACAACCCAUCUGUUCUCCACAAUGGGUUUCCAGAUGAUAAUUUUUCUGUGCGUCUCAUCUUACCUAGUCCUUAUGGCACCGCCAGGAUUAGUGUCGGGUCAUCUGUGGACAGUGUUCCUUUAUUUGCCUGCGGCUUCUUUUGUGCAGGACUUGCAGCCACUUGCGAUGCCUACAUCUUUUCCAUAUUCAUUGUCAAUGCCUUCAGUAUAGGUGAUGUUUUGUACUUGGAAUCACCCCAGGUAGUCUGGUCUGCCAACCAUGACCGGCCAGUCAAAGAGAAUGCAACUGUUCAACUUACUGAACUGGGUGACUUGGUGCUGUAUGAUGCAGAUGGUACACUGGUUUGGUCCACCAAUACCACUGGCAAGUCAGUGGUUGGCAUGAAUCUCACUGGGUCAGGCAAUCUGGUGCUCUUAGAUCAUAGAAAUAUGGAAGUAUGGAGGUCCUUCGAUCACCCAACUAACACCCUUGUCACUGGGCAGGUGCUACAUUUGGGGCAAAAACUCAUAGCAAGUACCUCAGCUACAAAUUGGGCCAAAGGAAAGUUCUAUCUGACAGUACUUUCCAACGGCAUGUAUGCAUUUGCAGGAGUUGACACUCCUCUAGCAUACUAUCGAAGUCCCACUGGUGGAAAUAUCAUAGCAAACACUUCAGCAUACAUAGCACUCAAGAAUGGAAGCCUGGAGGUUUUCACGUCAUUCAGGGGAACAGAAGGACCAGAUUAUCUCAUUCAAUUUCCCAUGAAUGCCUAUGGACUGGAGUUUGUGAGGCUAGAUUGGGAUGGACACUUAAGGCUAUACCAGGGGGGAAACGGUAGUUGGGUGAGCUCAGAUCUUCUUGAUAUAGCUGAUCCUUGUUCUUACCCUCUAGCUUGUGGGGAAUAUGGUGUCUGUUCAAAUGGACAGUGCAGCUGCCCAGAUGCCGGCCUCAGGCAAUCCGGAUUAUUCAAACUGAUUAAUCCCAGGGAGAUUAAUCGUGGCUGCGUCUUGACAGAUUCACUAUCCUGUGGGUCAGCCCAUAAGACAAGGUUUCUUGCCGUUGCCAACACCACUCGCUUCAAAAUUAUCUACAAUUGGACAACAAACGAAGAGCACUGUAAAGUAUCGUGCUUGAAUGAUUGUUCUUGCAAGGUUGCAUUUUUCCUUCACUCGAACAGUUCUUCCGGUUUCUGUUUUCUUGCAUCUGACAUCUUUUCAAUGAUAAGCAUCAGCGCACAGAGUUACUCUAGAAAUUUUAGUUCUUAUGCAUUUAUUAAAGUUCAAGAGCACAAACCCAUGCUAUCUAAAGGAAAAAUUGCCAUCGUGGUUGUUUGUUCUUCAACUUUUGUUGCUUCAGUUAUUGUCUCCAUGCUCAUUGUCAUAAGAAGACGGAGUGCAAAACUAUUACAGGACAGAGACAUUAUUGAUCAAUUGCCAGGGCUGCCCAAAAGAUUUUGUUUUGAGAGUUUGAAAUCAGCAACUGGAGAUUUCUCAAGAAGAAUUGGGGUUGGAGGAUCUGGUUCUGUUUUUGAGGGACAUAUUGGUGAUAAGAAGGUUGCUGUGAAGAGAUUGGAUGGCAUAAAUCAGGGGGAAAUGGAAUUCUUAAUGGAGGUUCAGACUAUUGGAAGCAUCAACCACAUACAUCUGGUGAAUCUAGUUGGAUUUUGCGCUGAGAAAUCACAUAGGCUUCUUGUCUAUGAGUACAUGCCUAAUGGAUCUUUGGAUAAGUGGAUUUUUGCAAAGCACCAAGUGGGCCCACUUGAUUGGAAGACCAGAUUGAAGAUCAUCACUGAUGUAGCGAGAGGAUUAGCUUAUCUUCACAGUGAUUGCCGACAAACAAUAGCUCAUCUGGACAUCAAGCCACAAAACAUCCUAUUGGAUGAGAUGUUUGCUGCUAAGGUAUCUGACUUUGGUCUUGCCAAGCUAAUUGAUCGUGAGCAGAGCACUGUAAUGACUAGACUGAGAGGUACACCGGGUUAUUUAGCCCCAGAGUGGCUAACAUCUAUCAUCACCGAAAAAGUUGACGUCUAUAGCUUUGGCAUUGUCAUCAUGGAAAUCUUGUGUGGGAGAAGAAAUCUGGACUACUCACAGCCUGAAGAAAGCCAGCAUCUCAUCAGCAUGCUGCAAGAGAGAGCCAAAGGCAACCAGCUGAUGAACCUCAUUGAUCCACGCUCCACUGAUAUGGAAUUCCAUAUAGAUGAAGUGCUCCACACCAUGAACCUAGCUAUGUGGUGCUUGCAAGUUGACAGCAAUAGAAGGCCUUCCAUGUCCAUGGUGGUCAAGAUCCUUGAAGGUACAAUGAGCGUCGAAACCGAGCUUGAUUUGGACCUUGUAAAUAUUGACCUAAUGAUGGCGAAUCGAACAUCACGUUGGGAUGAUGUGACUACACAGGUUGAGUCUAUUCUUACAGGGCCUAGAUGAGGUUACAUUAUCCUAUACAACAGUAGAUGCAUGCAAGCCAGUCUGAUAUUCUCACCCCCCACCCCACCCCCCUUCUCUUCCUUUUGGGAUUAUUUGUUGUUAUGCAGUAAUAUCAGGAGUUUCUGUUGUGCAGUCAAAGUUUAGGUGAUUAUUACUUGUGGUACCAAAGAUUGUAGAUCCAGAUUGCUCUCCCUUUUAUUGAACAAACAUGGAAACACGUGAACUCUGAAACUAUAUUUUUACGUACUUACACGGAACAUCCAAUGAUGUAAAUCAGCAUGAGAUUGAAUUUUUUGUUUGUUUGUGACUAUACCUUUUCUUUGUUGAGGGACCAAAGCUUGUUUACGCAUGUUAAGGAACCUGAUUUGGUGGAAAGAAACAAUUAUCUGAAGUGGCUUGCGAUGAUGCCAGCAUCCUAAAGAAGUAGUAAAUGUGCUCCAGGUUUAACACAUUAACCAAAGAAACAAUUACCUGUCCAGCUUGAUUCUUAUGAGGUCAUAGGAUACUAGGAUUGCAGGCUGUUUAAAUGGCACUACAAUUGUGCCAUUGUUAGUGAACUCAAGAAUUUUCACAACUUAUUUCCAUAUACACCUGUGCAAGUCUAAUGCUGUUAUAUACUGAUACAAAACAAUGUCUGCUCUCCCAUCAAGCAAAUCUUGUACUCUCAGAUUCAGAACGGAGCGCACACAGCACUUUGUUUGUUGAGGCACCAAAGCUCGUUUAUGCAUGUUAAGGACCCUGAUUUAUUGAUUGGGUGGACGGAGAUUGAGCAAUGAAGCCACCAUCCCAUCAAGCAAAUCUUGUACUCUCACUCUCUCAGAUUCAGAACGGAGCGCACACAACCUUUGUUUGUUGAGGCACCAAAGCUUGUCUAUGCAUGUUAUGGAACCUGAUUUGUUGUUUGGAUGGACGGAGAUUGAGCAAUGAAGCCACUAUCCCAUCAAGCAAAUCUUGUACUUCAGAUUCAGAACAGAGCGCACACAGCACUUUGUUAAUUGAGGCACCAAAGCUUGUUUAUGCAUGUUAAGGAACCUGAUUUGUUGAUUGGGUGGACGGAGAUUGAGCAAUGAAGCCACCAUUGCAGCUAAGGCAAGUGCUGCUGCUUCAGCCAUGAGCACAGAAGUGGCGUUGGAGAUUCUUCCCUGGAUGUGUAAAUGGAUUGUGUUGGCUGUGUCUGGUUGUUUGUGAUGAACACUCCAAGACCAGCUAUCCUUGGUAAGUGAAGGUUUUGAUAUGGGUUGAUUGAGGCAUCCGAGUAGCAUCUUGUUCCUGGUAGAAGUGCCAGUAGCAUAGUCCUAUAUAGUGGUGGUGUCGGUGUGGUGCUAUUGCUGAUGAAUGUCCUGUGUGGAUGGGCAGUGUUGCCCCUUGUUCCCUGGGGUUUCGUCAUCUGUGCUGAGUUGCAGUAGUUUUGUAGCCCAGUGUUGUUGGUACCUACAUUUGAUAGAUUCAUACCUUUGGUUUGUGGGUUGGAGAUUGUGUGUCCUGUGAUCAUCAUCUUUGGUGUGGCUGUUGUUCCAUGGUUCCUUGGUCUUCUUCUUGUGCCCUGGUUAACAAGGUUGCACUGAUAUCUGCCCCCACUGCAUUAUGAACCUGCCAAACAAUCCAACUUUUGUUGUUGAACCUUUUGUCAUUCCUGGCCUUCCAGAUCUACCACAAAGUGGUGAUUAUGUCCUGCAUCUGUUCAUCUGAGGUUUGCUUGAUGUGAGGGAUAUGUUCCAAGUCAGCGUGUGAGAUUGAAUUUUUUUUUUGUUUGUGAUUGUGACUAUGUAUUUUGUUUGUUGAGGCACCAAAGCUCGUUUACGCAUGUUAAGGGACCUGAUUUGGUGAAAAGAAACAGUUAUCUGAUGAAGUGGCUUGGUUUACUAGCAUAAAGUAUUUUUUGUACUCCAUCCUGCUCAAUUGGCAGUAUGGAAGAACCCUAGUCUGUUUGCUUGGUUGAUAAACUAUGGCUGAAAGUACUCUUCGCUGAUUUGUUGUGAGAGAAAAAUACUAUUGAAUGACUGGUAGAUUCGGCAGAUAACUAAACUGCCCUGGCAAAGGUACAGUGAAGGAACAGAUGUGCAUCAUUUUCAGUGAUAUUACAAGUAGUACAGUACCUACUUGUUUUGGUUGAGUAUCUUCCUGCCCUUUCACCAGUUGUUAUUGGACGUCUGAUCAAUCUACAAAGAAAAGUCUUGAUACAAAGUGGCAGUGUCUUGUGUUUCCAUGCCCUGUUGAGGAUGUACAUAGCCUGUGAUGAAAUGCUUCUGGAUCCCUGCACUGGGGGACAGUUUGAAGCUAGGCGAUUUCCUGCGUGGCCUCAUGACUGAAGAUGCUUGAUGUGAGGGAUAUGUUCCAAGUCAGCAUGUGAGAUUGAAAUUUUGUUGUUUGUGAUUGUGACUAUGUCUUUUGAAGCAUCCUGAAAAGUAGUAAUGUCCUCCAGGUUAACACAAAUCAACCAAAGAAACAAUUAUCUGUCCAGCUCUGAUUCUUAACAGGUCGUAGGAUACGGAGUGCAGGCUGUUCAAACGGCGCUACAAUUUGUGCCAUUUGGGUCAGUGAACUCGAGAAUUUUCACACUUUAUUUCCAUAAUAUAAACUUUGUGCCAUUUGGGUCAGUGAACUCGAGAAUUUUCACACUUUAUUUCCAUAAUAUAAACUUUGUGCAAGUGUAA